UUCACAAUUUGGUAUCAAAAUGAUCGUCUCAAUUCGCCCUUUCAUUCCUUAAGUGAUGAGACUUGAUUGUAAGAUAAAAACCCAAUGGGCCGAUUUGUGGUCUUAUCCGCCCCCGUCCUUUAUUAAAGCCAAUCUGUUGUUAUCAAAAAUAUAAAGCAUAAUUUGAAUAUUACUUUUUAGCAUCAAUAACCGUGUGACUGUUGGUGAUAUCUUUUCUAAAAUGAUUGAAUUAGAACUUGUUCAGCCCGAAGAAGUUGAUACUCAUCAUGUUGUUAUACCAGAAGGAAAUGCACAAGUUUCAUUUGAUCUCGCCCACUCUUUCACAAAUGCGAAUGAUGGUUCUCAUUUUCGUAUCGAACCAAAACUAUCAUCAUUUUUACCGACAGACGUUAUUCAUGUUAAAUGUUUGACUGGUAAAAUGAUCCCUAUCAAUGUAUGCAUUAAAACGGAUACGAUUGCUGUAAUCAAAGAACGUGUACAAAUGAAAGAAGGCAUUCCAGUUGAACAACAACGGCUUAUUCUAAGUGGAAAAGAACUCGUAGAUAAUAGAACAUUAGCUGAUUAUAACGCUUCAAAUGGAAGUAUGUUGCAUCUCGUUUUAAGACUUCGUAAACCUGUUAUUCGAUUAAAAUCAAUCAAUAAUCAAGUCAUUAAUCAUGUUCAUGUUUCUAUUGAACUUGAUCCACAUAUGUGGAUCUUAUCAAGUCUUUAUCCAAAACCAUCAGUAAGACAUGAAAAAAAUUUUGUACAAUGGAAUAAUAUGAAUGUAUAUCCAGAUGGAAAAAUUAUUUUUGAAGAAAAUGAAAAGGAUACGUAUAUGAUUGAUCGACUUUAUCCAUUAAUUGAUGAUGAAAAAGAAUAUCGAAUGUUAUUUUGGGAAGCAUUUACAACCAGUUCAUCAUGCAAUUUUAUUCAACAAGAGAAUUUAUGUGUUCCACGUCGGGAUUUUGGUCGAAUACUUAAUUAUCUUUUAAAAAAAAUGACUCUAUCAUCUGAAGAUCGUGAUGACUUUAUCACAUAUGUGCUUCCUCAACUGGACGAAGCUGAUCCUGAACAUGAAAAAGAUAAGGUUAUAUUUCAUUUUCUGUCGCCACAAAUAUAUUCACAAUCAGCUCAACUAACUAUUCGUCCAUUACCUCAACAAUUGAUUCGUGCUUUUCUCAUUUUUGGAUUUGGAACUAAUGAUGAUGAAAUCUCAACAGUUGAUCAGUUGGAAAAUGAAAUUAAAAAAGUUAUUAAUAUUGAAAAUUUAUCAGAAAGUGGUUUAGCUGUACAUGAAUGGGGUUCAAUGUUUGUAUAUUAA